AUGGAGCGCAAGAAGCCUGGGAAGAUCAGGAAGGCUGCUGAAGAGGCAGUGGAGGACCACCAAGGGAGGCGUGCACCUAAAAGAAGGCGCAGCGAAAGAGGUGGCAUUGCUGCACUCAAGGAGGAUGUUUGUCAGAAGUGCGAGAAAGAAGGUUCAUUACUAUUGUGUGAGGGUCGAUGCCAUGGGGCUUUUCACUUAGAGUGCCUGGGGUUAACAGAGGUGCCCAGGAGGAAAUUUAUUUGCAAUGAAUGUCGCUCAGGGACCCACACAUGUUUUUCUUGUAAACGGAGUGGAGCAGGCGUUAAGAGGUGCCUUCUGCCCUUGUGUGGAAAGUUUUAUCACGAAAAUUGUGUCCAGAAAUACCCACCUACUGUCAUGCAGGACAGGGGCUUUCGUUGCCCACGCCAUUCAUGUAUAACAUGCCAGUCUGCUAAUUCAACUAGCAUUUGUGCAUCCAGAAACCACCUAAUGAGAUGUGUGCGCUGCCCCGUGGCAUACCAUGCCAAUGACUGUUGUCUGGCUGCUGGGUCAAAAAUCCUGACACCUAAUAGUAUCAUCUGCCCUAAUCAUUUUACACCUAGGCCGGGCUGCAAAGAUCAUGAACAGGUCAACGUUAGAUGGUGUUUUGUCUGUUCAGAGGGGGGCAGGCUCCUGUGCUGUGAGGCUUGCCCUGCUUCUUUUCACCUAAAAUGCGUGGGCAUUGACUUCCCUCAAGGCAGCUGGUAUUGUAACAACUGCAGGGCUGGUAAAAAACCUCACUACACGGAACUUGUUUGGGUCAAAUUUGGCCAUCACAGGUGGUGGCCCGCUGAGAUCUGCCAUCCUCAAGCUGUACCUGCUAGUGUGAGUAACAUGGAACAUGAAAUCGGGGAAUUCCCCGUGUUCUUCUUCGGCUCCAAGGACUAUGCGUGGACCCAUCAGGCCAGAGUCUUCCCCUACUUGGAGCAGGACCUAAGCAUCAGGGCCAAGCUCCGUAGGGGAAGACAUGGCAUCUAUAAGGAAGCUCUGCGGGAGGCAGCAGCGAGGUUUGUAGAGUUAAAGGCACAAAAAGAACGAAGGCAGCUGCAGGAAGAACAAAAGAACUAUAAGAAGCCAGCGCCUUAUAAACAUAUAAAGAGGAACCGUCCUGUUGGUCGGGCACAGAUCUUCACUGUCGACCUGUCGGAAAUCCCCCAAUGUAAUUGCCGGGCAACUGAUGAAAAUCCCUGUGGGAUAUACUCGGACUGUAUCAACCGUCUGCUCUUCUAUGAAUGCCACCCCGCAGUAUGUCCAGCCGGAGAACGCUGCCAAAACCAGUGCUUUGUUAAGCGCCAGUACACAGAGGUGGAAAUUUUUCGCACAUUGGAGAGGGGCUGGGGUCUUCGAGCCAAAACAGAUAUUCAAAAGGGUGAAUUUGUGAGUGAGUAUGUGGGAGAACUGAUAGAUGAUGUGGAAUGCAGGGCUCGAAUCCGUCAGGCCCAAGAACACGGUGUCACUAAUUUUUACAUGCUCACUUUAGAUAGAGAUAGAGUAAUUGAUGCAGGACCGAGGGGUAAUUAUACUCGCUUUAUGAAUCAUUGCUGCGAUCCCAACUGUGAAACGCAGAAGUGGUCUGUGAAAGGAGAUACCCGUGUUGGCCUAUUUGCCCUGUGUGACAUUAAAGCAGGCACAGAACUUACUUUCAACUACAACUUACAGAGUCUUGGGAGUGGAAAAACCAUUUGCAGAUGUGGAGCCCCAAACUGCAGUGGAUUUUUGGGCGUAAGACCGAAGGCAAUUUCCAAACAUUCGCAUCGGAAAUAG